UAUUUGAACAGAUACUUUCUGUUCCAAUCUUUAUCGUCUUAAUAAGAUAAAAGAAAUUAUAAACCAGUAUUUACGGUUUGAAUAACAUAAACCUUAAUGCCAUUACGGAAUAUGGGUAGAAAAUGCGUAGCUAUUGGUUGUAAUUCAUCUAUGAAUGGGAAAACUUCCAUCAUGUUUCACAAAUUUCCAUACAGAGAUCCCAACAGAAUGCUUAAAUGGCUUGAAUUGUGUCCACCGGAUCUGACUACAGAUAAAGGUCGAAUUCUUCUUUGUUCAAGGCAUUUUCGGAGGGAUCAGUACCUUAAUAUCAAUGCCAAACGACCAAAACUAGUCCAUAAUGCUGUUCCAUUCAUGAAACGAAAUCCUGCAAGUGGCAGCCAAGUAAGAAAAACACAAAACUCUGGAUUUCUUCCAACAUGCAAUUCAAAUGAGAUAGAUGGCAAGCAGCCCCUGGUGUGGAUACCAGUGCAAGAAGAUGUGGAUGAAUCUGAACAGUCAGAUAAAGAUAAUGAAAGUCAUGACUUCCAACAUGAUAUAGAAGACUCACUUACCGUAGAAGUUAACAUGAAAGAUGGUGAAUCCACUGGGUCCUUUGAGUUUGUUAGAGAUGAUCCUGCAAAAUGUAGCUCCACAACAAGUCAAACACUUAUCUUAGAAAACAUUCGCCUCAAGAUGGCCUAUGAAGACCUGAAAACAGAACUGAAUAGUUCCAAAGAACGUGUCGCAUUCCUUGAGAAACAAGUACACAACUUAAGCAGGUUAGCAUCACUGUGUCAAUGUUCUUUUACCAAUGAUUCCACCAGCAGCUGAGAGAUGUAUUCUACAGCUUGUGUAAAUUUACUAUAUAAGGAGAACAUAAAACUAAAUAAAAAGUUUUGAUUGUA